UAUUCAAUAAAAUUUUAUGUUGCAAUUCCAAAUUUCGAAUUCGUUGCCAUAAAUAUUACCUACCUUGCUAAUGUCAAAAAGUACAACAACGGAUUUUGCGUUUUUGAAAUGUAGAACAACAUGAAGUUUUAUAUAUUUUUUUUCCUAGCGUAUAUUACAUUAUCCACGGCCCAGAAAUCAUUAUAUAACAAUUUGAAAGCCAACAUUCUUUCAUUGUUUAGAAGAGAUGAAUUACCGACUCCGAAGCAGAAACUAAUGAACAGGAUCGGCAGCGAGGUCAAAAUACGAAAAUCUGGUCAAAUCAGCGAAGAUGAAAAAGCACAUUUCCGGUUAGAUCCAGUAUUGAAUUUCCUAAAUGCUCGGAAGUCAUCAGACCAUAAAAAAGAACAUGGGAAAAAAGACGAAUCCGCUCCGGCGAGUUCGAGCUCCAGCUUGGAGCUCAGGGACUGGAAGGAUGAGUGGAGGGAGCAUUGGAUCAUUAAAAAAUUCGAGGCUAUCAACAACACUGACUUCCAACCGGGCGAUACUGUGAAUAUGGCUGCAGCCAGACCAUGGGGAGUCCCUUGUGGCGAUCCGGGCCAGCACGACAUGCCAUGGGGCACCUGUAUGCUGCCCAUGGAAUGUGACUCCGAAUACCGGAUAUACCGCGGCGACUUCAACUGCGGUCGAACCCAGUUCGUUUGCUGUGCUCUGCAACUCACUGUCUACGAUAUGUAUCAAGGAUUCGAUUUAUCUUUCGAGGAUUCCGCCCUGAGGACCGAUAGUGAUGAGAAAAAGGCUGGAGGGAAAAAAGGAUCCGCAGAGGAUAAUAAGAAAACUAAAAAAAGGGACAAACGCAAACGCCAAGCUGCAAGGAAAAAGCGCAAAAGACAAAUAAAACGGCUUAUCAGGAAAAUCCAGAAAGAAAUAAGGAGGAUAAUAAACAAACAGGAUAGAAAUGCCUCGCAACAGCGAAAGAGAAAGACGAAGCAACUGAAGAAGUUCAUUGAAAUGCUGAAGGCCCAAUAUAGGCAUGAUCGUAAAGCAGUCCAGGAUAUACAUGAACAUGAGAUGGUAAAGAUAGAUGAUGCUCUAAAGGUUCGGCUCCACGAGAUCAGUAUGAUGAAUCAGAAUUUCGUUAAUAACGCGACGUUCAGAGAUAUAGUGGUGAACGGGACGCUGAAUAGACAAUCAGCGAGGAUGCUGGUGGAGGCGUAUCCUGAACUACAGCCUUACGUCCACGUCAAUGUGAGGAGAAGAAGCGGGGUCAGUAGGCCCGUGCGAGAUUAUCUCGAUUACGAUGUCGAGUAUGGCAUGUUGUAUUAUUAGACAAGUUAUGAAUAAAAUUCAUUGCUCAAAUUUAAUUUUAGUUACAA